AGGGAGCCAGCCCCUGGGCGCGGCCUGCAGGGGGCAGGCGAUCGCCUGGGGAAGCGGGGGCAGAACGAGCCCCAAGAGCCAGCAGCUCCCGCUCCGCAGCCGCAGGAACCGCUCUGCGCCCGCCCGGUGCGCCCUCCUUGGCCAGUGAACUCGCGCUGCCCUGCUGCAGCCAUGUGUGCGGCUCGGACGCCGCCGCUGGCGCUCGUCUUCCGAGGGACUUUCGUCCACUCCACCUGGACCUGCCCCAUGGAGGUGCUUCGCGAUCACCUCCUCGGCGUGAGCGACAGCGGCAAAAUAGUGUUUCUAGAAGAAUCAUCUCAGCAAGAAAAACUGGCCAAGGAGUGGUGCUUCAAACCAUGUGAGAUCAGAGAACUGAGCCACCAUGAGUUCUUCAUGCCAGGCCUUGUUGAUACCCACAUCCAUGCCCCUCAGUAUGCCUUUGCUGGAAGCAACGUUGACCUGCCGCUUUUGGAGUGGCUGAAUAAGUAUACAUUUCCCACAGAACAAAGGUUCCGGAGCACUGAUGUGGCUGAAGAAGUCUACACUAGAGUUGUUAGGAGAACACUGAAGAACGGCACCACCACGGCUUGCUACUUUGGAACAAUUCACACUGACUCAUCCCUGAUCCUUGCGGAAAUUACAGAUAAAUUUGGGCAGCGAGCAUUUGUGGGCAAAGUAUGCAUGGAUUUGAAUGAUACUGUUCCAGAAUACAAGGAGACCACCGAGGAGUCAGUCAAGGAGACAGAGAGAUUUGUGUCAGAAAUGCUGCAAAAGAAUUAUCCAAGGGUGAAACCCAUAGUGACCCCACGCUUUACCCUUUCUUGCACGGAGACUCUGAUGAGUGAACUUGGCAACAUCGCCAAGACCCAUGAUCUGUACAUCCAGAGCCAUAUAAGUGAAAAUCGUGAAGAAAUUGAAGCCGUGAAAAGCUUAUACCCUAGUUACAAAAACUACACAGAUGUCUAUGAUAAAAACAAUCUUCUGACAAACAAGACAGUAAUGGCACAUGGCUGCUACCUUUCUGAAGAAGAACUUAACAUCUUCAGUGAACGAGGAGCAUCCAUUGCACAUUGUCCCAACUCUAAUCUGUCGCUGAGCAGUGGCUUACUGAACGUGCUUGAGGUCCUGAAGCAUAAAGUGAAGAUAGGGCUGGGGACAGAUGUGGCUGGUGGCUACUCCUAUUCCAUGCUUGAUGCCAUCAGAAGAGCAGUCAUGGUUUCCAAUGUCCUCUUAAUUAAUAAGGUAAAUGAGAAAAACCUCACCCUCAAAGAAGUCUUCAGACUAGCCACUCUUGGAGGAAGCCAAGCCCUGGGGCUUGAUAGCGAGAUUGGAAACUUUGAAGUUGGCAAGGAAUUUGAUGCCCUCUUGAUCAACCCCAGAGCAUCAGACUCUCCCAUUGAUCUGUUUUAUGGGGAUUUUGUUGGUGAUAUUUCUGAGGCUGUUAUCCAGAAGUUUCUUUAUCUAGGAGACGACCGAAAUAUUGAGGAGGUUUAUGUGGGUGGAAAGCAGGUCGUUCCAUUCUCCAGCUCAGUGUAAGGACCUUGGACAUCUGCGACAUUCUCCUGGGAAGACAUGAUUCCGCCAUCUUCCUUGUGCCCAGGGACCAAUCAGAAAGUAUAUUUACAAAAAAGUACCGUGUUCUUUGGAUGACUUCUGUUCCUGUGUCUCCUUCCAGUGCCCACUUGGUAAAUUGUUUGAAGGGAGUGCGCUGCUUCUCCACUCCAGUCUGGGAGCAUUGUAAUUUCAUGACAGUGCCUCCCAUUGGGCUGUUUAGAUUUGCAUUGUGCUCGCACAGAAGACAUUGUUAACAGCUGGCAAUGCGCUUCCAAUAGUGAAGUAAAACGUUUCCAUAUAGGGAAAUACAGGACGAGGAGAUCUCCCUAUGUGGCUAGACACUCUGUGCUAAUGACUAAGAAAAUUAGGAAACUCCAGUAUGGACCAAUGAGCAGAUUUUUAUGAGAGGGCACAAGCUAGACAUUGAAAAGACAUUGGAAAAGUCAUUGGUUGUGCUUGGAAAUUUAAUAUAGAGAACAGUCUCGUAAAAGGAGAACCUACUGGAUUUAAAACAUGCUUCUAGAUCGACAUUGUCUAUGGACAUUUGCACUUUGUGAAAUUUGCAUUUCAGGAUGUGUUAUUGUUAUGCUUUCCCUUCUUGGGAUGAAUGUCAGAACCUGAAUGCCACACGCUUUUCAAAUAUAGUUCUAUGCUUCAAAGUGUUCGGCAGAAGUUGAGUAUUAAAGAUUUAAAGUCUCUUAGGGAUAGUAUUCACAUAGCCGCAAGGCAUAAAUAGUUGUGUUUUUUUGUGUGUGUGUGUACUUCAAAGUCAUCUUGAUUCCUGGCUGUGAGGUGUUCCAGUUGCUUCUGUUUUAUUAGAUGAGAAACAAGCCCUGUGUGUUGCUGCUCUGUAGACUGGAGUUUUCAUAAAUCGGGGAAGUACUAUAUUCCCCGGAGUUGGUGACACUGAGGGGACAGGGUUCUUUGCAAUGCUGAAUCUACCCAACGCAUAAUCAUUGCUGUACAGUUCACCCUCCUAUCAAUGUGCUAGAACUUAAAAGCCAAGUGCAAGUCCCUAAAGCAUUAUGGAUAAGGCUCUGCAAGGCCAGUAUACUGAAAGAGCUCUGUGUGUGUUUGUUUGUUUGUUCGUUUGUUUUAAUUUACCAAAUUGUCAUUGUAAUUCUUGAAGAUUUUUCUGGCAUUAAAAUCUUAGAAUAGUGAAAAGGAUAUAAAAAUUCCAUCUAAUGUUUAUAUUUCUAGGACUUACCUGUACUAGACAUCAAGGAAUAUUAAACAAAAGAGGGCCUUUUAGCUUUUCUAACGUAUAUGGUGUCCCUUCUCAUAUUAGAACUAAAACCAGGUCAUAACCACGUGGCAGAGCUUUAGGAAACAGUGAUGUGUAUUCUACUUAAAUACUACAUUUUUCUUAAUUAAUUCCACCUCCUAUAAACAAGCAAGGGCCAGGAACAGGUUUUAUUAACAUAUAUUUCACUCCUAGGGUUUAGGUGAGUUUCCAUUGUAUCUUAUAACAGAGAAACCCAUUAGGCAGUAGUUAGUUCUCACAUCUAAGAACACACAGUUCUUCUGUUCUCUAUGCUAACUCAGCAGUAACUUGUCCAGAUCUAUUUUCCUGGUAGAAGCACUUUUAGAUCUGGUGUGUAUACAUUAUAUCUCAAGAUGGUACACAUUUAGGUCGUACUUUGUUUUAUUUUGAGAGAGAAAGAGAGAGAGAGAGAGAGAGAGAGAGAGAGAGAGAGAGAGAGAGAGAGAGAGAGAGAGAGAGAAUUUGUUUUGUGGGAUAUCGGUGAGUAAAUCCAACCCCUGGCUUUAGUCUGCAUGUCCAGCAUUGCUAGCACAUCAGAAAUAUCAAAAUGAGCUGCCAGAUUCCCCUCUCCCAUUUCUCUCUGAGGCUGGCAACUGUUUAGGCUGUCUGUUUUGACUCUUGCCAAAGGGUUUACAGACCCCACACUUGUCCUCUUGAAGGGUGUGCAUUUUGAUGUUGAACAUCAGCUUUUAUUUAAACUUAAGACUCACAUGCAGUAAUAUAGGCAAAUGUAAUUCUGGAAGCAGGAAUAGCAGUGGUAAUGUAACACCAUCCUGUUGAGAUUCAGAUUAGUCCUGAUAAUGUGCUGCCAGUUGAAUUACUUCUAAUAAAAAUAAGGUGUUGAAGUGUUUACAUGUACUUUGAGUACUUUGAUCUCCCUGCACUUAUAUGUGUUUUAGUUCCCCAAGUGAAGUGUUCAUGAAUGUUACCUAUGCUUGUUUGAGUGUCCCACACAUAGGGCCAGAUAUCCUGCACUUGGAAAUGCUGCGCUCACCUAAUAACGUAGGUUGACUUUCCUAAUUAUGGAUAGGCACUGUUCCAAGCCUAUCCCAGUUGUCACUUUAUGUUUGAAUGGUUUGCUCUCUGUAGAAGAAAGGAAAAGAGAAACAGAGAGAGAGGGGAUGGGAGGGAGGGAGAGAGGAAGGGGGAGAAGGAAGGAAGGAAGGAAGGAAGGAAGGAAGGAAGGAAGGAAGGAAGGAAGGUUGUCCUGCCUAUUCCAUACCAUUUGAAUAAUUUCUUUAGAGUUUUUGAUGGACUUCAUUGUAAAAGGUUAGAAGGCAUUAAAAGUUAUCAUGUGUGUUAUAUUUAUAACAUAUUCUUGCAGCCAAAACACAAAAGUAGACUAACCAAGUUGAAUUUGAUUUAAAAAAACAAAAAGGCAGGGAGGGAUCAGGGGCAUUAAAAAUAAGAGGUUAGAACCUAAGAAGUCAUCCUUAUCUACAGGGCCAAAGGGGCUGGAUUCCUCUGUUGUGUUAUCUUACCUGGUUCUUUACUUACACUGUCAAAGACUUCACAGUCCCAGAGGGUAUGCCAGGAGGGGGCCUUUCUAAAUGAAUCCUGUGAACACUGCAUUUCUUUGCUUCUUUAGUGAAAAACAUUUCAAGACAAAUGAAAGGAAAUGAUAAAAAAAAAAAAAAAACCUCUUCAUUGCUUUGCUGAUUUUGAGGUAUGCCCUCAAAUAUCCCCCAAAGCAAACAGAGGCAACAUGAGUGCCAGAUCUGGCAAUAUGUUCUAAAUCUUCACUCUCUACCAGAUAAUUUCUAUUUUUAAGCUCUUUCCCUUUGGAAGCAGACACAUGAGAAGCCUUCCAGGCACACUGGGAUGCACAUUGUACCCGUUCCAUCAGUGUGCAUAUGUGGAAGAUACCCAGAACUCCGUGCUUCUGCAGCCUAGUGGACAUCUUUUAAGGUUGCUGUUGCUGGACUAUUCAAAUAUUUGAAAAGAGUCAUCUUAGCUGUUAACAGGUAGAAGGAGACAUGUAUCCUGGGCAAUGACUCAAAAUAAAUCUUAAAUUACAGGGACUCUAUGAUACAUUAAAAAAAAUUAAAAGACCAAAAAGAGAUGUUUGCCAUUUCUAAUCUCCUAGCUGCUGCAUGUAUGAUUUUGCACAAUACACUUUAUAAUGUCGUGGGAAGAAGCAGACAGGGGAGAGGUCACUGAGAGAAAACUCUUGAUAUUCGUUACCACGCAUGUUUUAAAGUCUACCCCACCUUCCUGCCCAUCUCCAGCACUGAGAUGCAGUGUUGUGGGCCUAGUCCAUGUUUAGUGAAAUGCAAUGUCAAGAAAGUCAAUGAGGAAAUUAAAUGUAAAUUCUGAGCAGCCAUUUACUGGGUUACUUGAGCAACCAAUCAUUAUGAAUUUCUGUUAUUUGGCAGUGACUUAUCUGUCUAUUUCUUACCCAAAAAGCCCAUCAGAAGGUGUCCCUUACAUUAUUGCUAACCUUCUGAUUGCUGUUCUUAAGGAUAGAGACAUAUAUGUGUAUGUAGUCAAGGGGACAUCCUUCCCCUCGGUAUCUGUAUGAUUUUGCUUAUUGUUAAUGUACUGGGUGAGCUCCUUUGUGCAUCAGGAAAAAAAAAUUAAAUGAGAUUUUGUGUUUCCA